GUGACGUCAGGGGAGGAUAGGAAGAGGCCGGCGUGCCAAGGAAGCCGGAAGCUGAGAAAACUUCAGGUGGCGCGGCGAGGUCGCUUAGGGGAGAACGGCAGGGCGCGCCCUGGAUGCAAGGCGGGGGCAGGCGGGAGAGAAAAGGGAGGCGGAGCCUGAAGAGAUUCCAACCAAUCCUCGUUGGCCAAGGAGGAGCACGUUGGGUUUGGGAGCUGCUCCCCCCCCCGCCCAACAAGAAUUCCUUUUUUGCACCUUGAUAGCCGGGAAGUUAGAACGCGAGGAGAAGUCACUGGAUGCGCAUCGGUUGCAAACGGGCGGAGGAGACCUAGGUACCCGGGUGGAGGCGAAGCAAGUUGCAGGAAGGGAAGAACCUCGCUGCCGCCUGGCGCUUGGUUACAGGUGUCAGGUGGAGUCAGGAGGGAAAUCGCUGCGCGCCUCUCCCCUUUCGUUUCCUCCUGUCCCUUGGGUUUGCAAAAGGCUCUUUGCUGUCGCCUUGCCCCUUUGCCUUCGCAGCUUGUUUGCAAAAGUCCUCUUUGGGUUACUGGCUUUAAUGAGAACUUCCCCUGGAGUUCCCUGCCCUUUGCAUGCUGCGAGAGAGGUUCCCCGCGCCUCUUUUUUCCCUGCCCUCCGGUCUUUGCGAGGGCGGGAGGGGCCAUUGCUGCUGCUGCUGCCACCAUGAAACGUGGGAGGAAGAAAGUUCGAGGCCCCGAGGCGGAGGAGACCCUCUGCUGCUGCGAGUACCUGGAUCGGAAGGGCCAGAGGAGCCACCUGGCGGCGUGUUUCUGCGAGUGCGAGGACCUCGACGAGGGCUGUGAAAGGUACGCCUGAAACUUUCACCCAGCUGGCACUUCUCAUAGAAUUGUAAAGUUGGAAGGGACUCCCGAGGGUCAUCUAGCAGUGCAGAAAUCUCCCAACACGUGCCCUUUCCCCCGUCCAAUUUGAAACCACGUCGGACUCUGCUUAGCUUUGCCAAUGUGCUAGUAGUUAGCUUGUUGGUGGCUGCCCUGCUCGUGGCUUGAGUGAGAUCUUUCCGUUGUGGCCAUUGGGGUGGCCUUUAGCUGGUCCCUCCUCCUGUCUUCAAAGUUCAGGCAUAAAAGGGCCUGCAUUCAGAGUGUGGUUUCAGAGCUCUGUCCCUAUUAAGAGUAUUUCAUCUGCUCCACAUGUGGUGAUUUUGGUAAUCACUGGAUUUCUGUCUGAUGGCCACCUCUGUUGUUUGAGGUAUUAUUAAUAAUUAAAAAAAAUAAAAUACCAGAGCUACUAUGCCUUUAACAGCCCCAUGAGGCACAAAUUCUGAAGAAUUGUUUCUUUUCCGUAGAGAUGGAAAACCUUACCUGUUGAGUGCAUUACAUGCAACUCCUAAAGUCCUUCUAGAAAAAAAUGGUGUAACUGUGGGAAUUUGGAAAAGUUUUUGAAAUUGGCAAAUGUCAACACUGGGCAGUAGUUUCCAAAAGAAGGAAGGGGGAAAAACCAACCCCCUGCUAUGAUAAUGUUGGAGAGUAAGGGUUGCUUCUUAAUGUUAUUUUUUUCUGGUGUGGCUUCCCUUCAAGGACACAUAUGCAGUGAAGCAAAGCUUUGCAAGUGUUCCCUAUGUUAUACUUGGUCAAGGUUACCCAGUUGGAAGUUGACCAGCUGUACUUGCAUAAUUUGGGCAACUUCCUGCAAGACAAACAAACAUGAUUUCUUCCUUGAAGUGGCCUUAGGCAGGCAUGGGGGAACCUGUGAUUCUCCAGAUGGUCUUGGACUGUUAUUCCCUGACCACUUCUGUCUGGAGCUUAUGGAAGUUAUGUGGAGGGGUUCCAGCCAUUUUCUCCCACAAUGAUCUUGCUUUAACUAAACAAAACCCAACACACUUCUCUGAGCCGUAAAUGUAUUCCAUCUUCCCUAUUCAGUGUACUGAAAGUGGUGGGUGAACUCAUGAGCUCGUGAAUCCUUGCCUUUCUAUAUCAGGGAUGGGGAGGCUGCAGCCAUUGGACUACAACUCCCAUCAUCCUUGGUGAUAGGCCAUGCUGCUUGGGGCUGAUGGGAGUUUGCAUCCCCACAACGUCUGAAGGGCCAUGGUGAUUCCCACUCCUAUUCUACAGAGAGAUUCUUUGCCAGGUAAACUGACAGACCAGUCAAGAACACAACUUGAGAAAGUUGAGGGCUGGUUCACAGAACUGGAUUUACUGUCAAUGUGAUACACUCAUCAUUUUCAGAUGAGCAUUAAGACGAUAUGAUGAGAUGUGGCCCCACAUAAUACUAUUCAAAUUUCUGGGUAGAAACUGAAGGAUUGGGGCCAUUUCACACAUCCUUUUUACACUUGUCUGUAUGCAUAAUAAAACAAUCACAUGUAUAAGGGGAAUAUAAACAUGUGCUCAUCCACAAGACGCUGACAAUUGUCUGAAGCAGCCCUAAACAGCUGUACCUUGGUGAGAUCUGACACAAAGUGACUGAGAGAGUGACAAAAGCCAACACAAAUGUAUUUCUUGGUCUCUUCAGUCUUACAUGAGCAGACCUCUGUGCUUUUCCCUAACAGGUGGCUGACUUGCAGAUCUUUGCCCCCGGGAACUCUAGAGAGAAUUGCAGACACCGUCACAGACCGCUUUCGCCUCCCGUGGCUUAGGGGGGCUGUAAAGGUCGAUAUCAGCCUCCUCCCGCCAAUCAUCCUGUUGCCUGUCUUCCUUCACAUAGCAGCUUUGCACCUCCUCUUGGCUCUUGUCAUCCUGAUAUCACUUCCUGUACUGGUGCUGUGGUAUUACUACCUCACACACAGGAAGAAGGGCCAGACUCUUUUUUUCUUGAGUCUAGGGCUGUUCUCCUUAGGCUACAUGUACUACGUGUUCCUCCAAGAGGUGGUACCCCGGGGCCACGUGAGCACCAGCCAGGUGAUCCUUCUCACCUGCGGCUUAAUCCUCAUGCUGGUGGCCCUGUCUCAAGCCAAGAGAGACCCUGGCUACCUUCCCUGCCAAACGAGCAGUGACAAAGCUCUUUGCCAAGGUGGCAACGUCAACAAUAACAACAUCUCAAACAGGAAUGACCUGGAGAGCUCCAAGGGGCUUUACACAGCAGCUGUGCCUGACAUUGCAAUGAACAGUUACCCUGAGGGCUAUGCCAGUGUGUUGGAAGCAGGGACAGGUGGGAUCACGGAGGACUGGUGCACCAAGUGUCACUUGGUUAGGCCAGCGCGAGCUGGGCACUGCCGGAUAUGUGGCAGGUGUGUGAAGAGACUGGAUCAUCACUGUGUCUGGUAUGUUCCUUGGAGUUUCAAGUUGGCUUUGACAUUUAUUUUCUGAUAUCUUUGUUACCAGUGAGUCAUGGAUCUCCUCUUGCCCCAAAAGGCCUUUCUGCUUUGUUUGGGCUCUUGUCAGUAUGUUUAAUUGAUCUGCUGCAUAGUGAGUUUUGUGGCAUGUAUUGCGUUCCCUGUCUAAUACUUGCUCUUUCCUGCAUUCAGUAUCCUUUUUCUAUAACCAGACAAGCUGAGGGAGUGCCAGAUCUCCCCAGGGGAACGUCAUAAUCUGUUAUGCCAUCCAUCAACAGUUGUAAAUAUUGUGAUACAUUAAUGGUUUCAUUUAGGGGGGGUGUACUUUGUGUAAUGACGAUGGGGGAAUCAUUCUGUAGUCAAGAGCAAACUUGCACACUUCACAUUGGGCCAGUUUUUAAAACAAUCUAUACUGCUCCCGGUAUUUGAGCAAUCAAAAUAUUGGGAUGUUUUAUCCUCCAAAUGUCUGGGCCAAAGGGAAUGGGGGAAGAGUGGCUAUUUAGAGAUAGGUGCAGGGCACUGAACCACUGGAAGUCACAGAAUCAUAGAAUUGUAACACAUUUCACAUUUCGUGUGUGGAAAAUCUGUUGGGGUGCAGAAUAUCCACAGAGCAGAAUUUUAUAGCUUUCUAACAGCUAGUCUUAAGUGGUGCAGAUUGUUGUAUAUUGGCUCUAUUUACAUAAGCUAGUUUGAAAACCUAGUUUAUAUGAAUCUUCUCUGUUAGCCUGGUUUAGAUAUAAUGCCCAGUCAUGGUUUGGUGCCUAGCAAAUGAGCCUUCAAUGAGUCUCUAGCUGUUGUUCUCCCCCCCUCCCCUGCAGUGUACCCCUGGCUCCUUUUGCGGAUUGAGGCAAACCAACAAUUGCCAUUUUGUCCAAACCUGCAAAUAUUGUUUGUGCUGCAAACCAUAGUUAAUUACUCUUCAGCUGGACAUCAGAAUACUUAAUGGACACCAGAAUCUGGCACCUUGUUUAUCUUACACCACUUUUUUGUAAAAAAAAGUUUUUCUUUUAUCUCUUGGAGGAUUAACAGCUGUGUUGGGGAACAGAACCACCAAGCCUUUAUCCUUGCACUCUCCCUUUUUCUGCUCACAUCAGUGUAUGGGAUUUCUUUGACUCUGGACACCAUCUGUAGGGGGAAGGCUACCAUCAAGGCACUCUUCUACUGUCCUGGUGUCUAUGGAGACUACAGGUGAGAGAAAUACUCCAAUGGGAUAAGAAACUACUGAUAUGACCCUCUGUCGGAGGGGCAGUCCUCUGGUCUGCCUGGCUUCUGCUAUCUUGGCCUGAGGUGCAUGCUGGGAUGUUUGCUAAUGUCAAAACCUUUGUCCUUGGGAAGGUUUGUGCAGCUUUCAUAGAUUGGCAUGCUGAGGCACACUAUUUUGUGCUUGUUCGACUUGCCCAAGUGACCAUAUGAGACUCUUGUGGUUGAAACAAAGAUAAAGUCCCAUGUUCCUUUUUGGGUUGUUUUAUUUUUGUUCUUUUGCAUGGUCAGGUUACACUUUUAACGGCAAAAAGCAUAAUUGCUUUCCGGGAUGAUGCACUCUGAACAUUGUAGUGUUGUCCUCCUCCUCUUUGCAUGCACAAAUCCUAAUGAUUUCCAAAUGCCCGCUAUCUCAUUUCAGGUGCCCCAUAUCAUUUUUUCCCCUGUCUCUGACAACCAUUGUUGUUAUCUUCUUUCCUCCCUUCUCAGUAUGUCUCACGUUCCAGCUCUAGUGAUAUGGACUGUUCCUCCAUAUUGGCUUGCAUGCCUUGCAGUCUGUUUGAAUGCAGCUAUUGCUUCCUCUCAAUCCAGUCCUGCCCCACUGAAAGCUCAUUCUGUUCUAGACACUUGAUUGAUUGAUUGAUUGAUUGAUUGAUUGCAUUUAUAUACUAUUUUUUCCUCCCAAGGAGAGACAAUGACUGGCCAAAGGUCACUCAGGGGAUUCAAACCCUGGUCUCCCAGGCCAUAGGCCAACAUUCUAACCAUUACACCAUGCUGACUCUCAAUGACUUGUGAUAAAUCUAUGAGUCAUCUUCUUCCCAUCCCAUUCUGUCUUUAACAUCUAUAGGGAAUCUUAAUAAUAAUAAUUUUAUUAUUUAUAUGCUUCCCACCUGUCUGGGUUGCCCCAGCCACUCUGAGCAACUCCCAAAAAAAUACUAAAAACGCAAUAAAACAUGAAACAUAAAAAAAAUGUCCCUAUACAGGCCUGUGGGCCUAAUUAUCAUAGUUUGGUUUAAACCAUACCUUAAAUCAUGGUCACCUGUCCCAGCACCUAAAAUAUGACACUGUUUGUGGAACAGGCAAUCUUACAGGGUCAAACUGAUUAGGAAGAAUGAGGAGUAAGUGCACUUUCAAUUUUUACUUACUACCUGUGCCCAGUUCCACACCCCUCGAUCAAGUUCCAUACUUACACAAUUGGAUGAAAUUAAAUACGCUCUGUACAAAUUACACCUGUGGGCUUACUUGCUGUUUCGAAUUGCUGGCUACAAUUUGUGCAAUCAAGUUUAGAAUUUUCACAAGCCUUCCCAUUUGAAAUUAAGGGGAAGCAACUGAAGAACAUCUAAGCACAGGCUGUUUAUUGCCCACACAUAUCUAAAAUGGUGAAUUUGGUUCUUCCCUCAACUAGUAGUGCUUUUACCAUGGUAACAAUAUAGCUAUAUAGAUUUCGUGGGCAAGGAGCUCUAAUAUUAUGAUUGUGUAAAGGAAGAACUGUGGCCUUUGCAGAAGGGGUAGAGAUGUUGUGGUAUACAGUUCCCAUCAGUGAUUAUGCUAGCAGGGACUGAUGGGCAUUAUAGUCCUCAACAUCUGAAGGGCACCGUGCUGGCUACACAUAAUUUAGGGAUAGUCAAAUAGCAUGCCCAGGCUGUGGGAGAUCAGUCUGUAACCUGUAAAGAGACCAUCUGUAACCAGCUGAGUGCAACUACAUUGCUAUGGGCAUUUUUGCAGAGCAGAAGUAUAGGGCAGAGAACUGGUUGUUGAGCUUAGCAAUAAUCAAAUCCCAAUGCUUAUUACCUUAUAGUAAGGCAUAGGCAAACUCGGCCCUCCAGAUGUUUUGGGACUACAACUCCCAUCAUCCCUUGCUAACAGGACCAGUGGAGAGGGAUGAUGGGAGUUGUAGUCCCAAAACAUUUGGAGGGCCGAGUUUGCCUAUGCCUGGCAUAGAUGAUGGACUGUUUGAAAAAUAUUUUUUGCAAUGAAAUGAGGCACCUAAGUGGGGAAAUGAGAUUGCAGUUUGCUGUGAUGCAGAAUCUGAGAUGGGAAGGCACCAAAGGUUACUACUAUUUACUCUCAAAAUAGCAUGUCAGUCUCCCCUUUUCUCUGUAGCCCUACAGCAAUGCAGUUGUGUCCCUAUUAAAACGGGUUCCUUGCUUUCUGUUUCCACCCCUUUCUAGUUCUGCCCUUUCGUUCACCUGUGUUUGGUACUGUACCAUUGUAACUUCCGGCAUGGGCUACAUCCUUCUCAUCCAGCUCUUGAACAUCAGCUACAACGUGACUGAGAGGGAAGCUCGAAUUGCUUUGAAGGAGAACACUGGGCGGAGGCUGUUAUGGGGCAUGGUGGUUGACACAGGCCAGUACCAUCGGGGCAUUCUGCACAAUUGGAUCCAGUUCUUGACCUUGCGCUCAUCCGAUCUGCAGUGCUCCACUGAAGACAUUGUAUGAAAGCAGCUUCCUAUCAAUCACAUUUAGUUAACUGAUCAUCCACACCUGAAGUCAUUACAGGGACAGGUAGUUCUCAUCUCUUAAGCCAUAUUUUAAGAGCAACGUUUUCUCAGAAACAUGCGAUAUUCCAAAUGCUGGGCACGAAUGACCUGGUUAUGGGGGUGCCUAUGUAUGUUAGCCUCUUAAGUGCUCACCUGCUUAGCCACAGCCGGCUACCAGUUUUGGAUUAGCGUCUCAGUCUACAGUUCUAUGCGCUUGUGCCAAUGGACUGUGUACAUAGCUGUUUACAAGGAUUAUACACAUUAACUGUCAGGAACAUUCCUGACAUUAACCUGGCAAAGAGGUCGCUGCUGAAGAGGUAGUGUAUUUUUUAAUUCUAGAGGUUUGGGAAACUUCAUGUGCUUGUGCGGACUAAUCUUAAUGUACCACAAGGAAGUUCAUCUGGCCAUGAGCUUUAAUUUUGUGCUUGUCAAUGGUGAUGAUGGCCAUGGGUGGUAUCAAAAAGGGGGCUGCUCUGUACUUCCACCCCCAUGCAGAAAAAGAGCAAAAUAGCAACAACCUCCCCAAACCGACAAAUGAUGUUACUUUUCCACACAUACACACCCCAACUCUUUGCUUCAGUGGUUCUACUAAGUGCCUUUGUGAGACGUUUUCUUUGGAGCUGUGAUUUGUGAGACUGGUAGAUAGCAGGGGUGGUUUUGUGUAUGGUGUUCUCAAAACACUUCAGAGAAAGUAUUUGUAUUUAAUUAAUGUCUAUUCUCUCCCCAUCCCCCAUGUCCAUUCAGAAAGGUUAAAAAUGAAAUCUGUAAUUCAGGGGUCAGCAAACUUUUUCAGCAGGGGGCCCGGUCCCUCAGACUUUGUGGAGGGCCGGACUAUAUUUUGGGGUGGGAAAAAGAACGAAUUCCUAUGCCCCACGAAUAACCCAGAGAUGCAUUUUAAAUAAAAGCACACAUUCUACUCAUGUAAAAACACACUGAUUCCCAGACCGUUCAGGUGCUGGAUUUAGAAGGCGAUUGGGCCGGAUCCCUUGGGCCCCUUAAUUUGCCUACCCAUGCCGUAAUUGCUUAAAAUAAACUCUUAAAUCACUUGGAUCCAAAAACUUUAAAAAGCACAAACACAAUUGGCAUUAGAAAGUACUUAAUAAUGAAAGAGAAUUGGGGGAACCUAUCACUGCUUUGCAUCACGUAUGAUCAACUAUUUUAAUUGAUUAUUUAGGAUCCUUGUCUCAAUAGCGUUCCCAUAAAAAGUCAUUUGCUCAAUCAGAUGAUUAGAAAGAUUUAAGUUACAUUUAGAUAGGAUCACUGUGCAAUAAUGGGGCUGCAGGGCAGGUGGCCUCAUUGAACUGAGAUAAUUGGUAGCCAUGGAUGUAGAAAAUGAUUUAUUCUGCUUUUACAUCUACUGCUUUCUCUACCUGGGUACUGCAAUCUAAAGCAUUUGGAAGGUACAAGUUUAAGGAAGGCUUGCUUGCUGCUGAAAUAAGAUAUUGCAGUUCCACUCAUACAAUGUUAUAUGGUACCAAGAGAUAAAAGGCAACAGAACUGUUCUUCCAAACAAGGUGAUAUAGACUCAAGGUGAGACAUGAUGUUUCCGUGCAUAAUGGUAGCAUUCAACUUGGAAUUGGAGUGAAGUGGGAAUUAGAACUCUCUAGUUUCUUAGUUCUUCACAUUGGUUCACUUCUGGUCAGUAAAUGUACAUGUUCCUCAGACAGUUUGAAAUAGUUACAUCUUUGGCUGAAAAAGCAGUGUGUGCUAUAUAACUGGAAACACUGGCUGAGUUCGGACCUUGUACUAAACCAUAGUUUAGCAUGGCUUCCGUCCAGUGGUGUUGAGCUUCAGGUUUGCACUCUGCUGCUCCCUGCAGGUGGAAGGAGUUCAGAAGCUUUGCUUAAAAACUGGCUUCUUUCGUUCAAGCUGACAAAGUGGUUAAUAUUAACCAGUUUAUUUGAACAAGCCAACUUGACAACAGAACAAGCUCACAAGUGUUUAACUGAAACAGGAGUUGUGUUUUGCCUUCUGUUUUUAGGGAAUUAGUGCAAUGCAGCAGAUCAUCAGUGUGUUCCAGCCCACCAGGAAGUAUAAUAUUUGCAGAAAGAGACUUGAAAUGCACUCUUUAUAAAGGUUUUUUCCCCUGCUGGUGGUAUGUAGGAAGUGUGCAGCAGGAAUAAAUUAAGGGUGGGAAAAUGAAUAGAAGUCUGGCAGCAUCAAUAUGGUAAUCCACUGAGUAGCUACAGUAUAAUACUGAUGGUGGUGUAUUAUGCUGUUAAGACCUAAGACUGAGACAUGGGCUAUGUCCCAGAUAGCAAAAGGUAAAGAGCCUAGCUUUACCAGCGGAAGGGUAGCCAAUGUGGUACCCUGAAGAUGUUGCUGGCCAACAUCUCUCAUCACCCUUGAGACCCUGGCCAUGCUGGCUGGAGGUGUGCUUUGCAAGGACUAGUUUCUUACUAAGCCAAUGGUUGAUUAUACUUCUAGCAUUCUUCAGGGAAGUUGAAAGGAUUACCUCAUUGAUGUAUUGGAAAAAUAAAACACAUUUAUAUGAAGGAAAUGUUGCCAUGGAAUCUGGCAAUCAAUGGACUCAUGCAGAUUUUUAGAGGUUUCUUAAAUACUCUUGCGCAUUGCAGCACAUAAGUGGGAGGUAAUGCCUACCCAUUUUGAAGAUUUUAGGGAGUCAUAACGUUGGAAGGGAUCCUGAGGACCAUCUCGUCCAACCCCCUGCAAUGCAGGAAUAUGCAGCUGUCCCAUAUGGGGAUCAAACGUGCAACCCUGGCGUUAUCAGCACCAUGCUCUAAGCAACCGAGCUGUUUUUCUUCCUGUGUGGCUAUAGUUUCCGGACAGAAAUAGCUUCUUUCAUAAGUAUACGGAAAGGUUGGAGACACACUAUUUACUCUGGAGGAGGUGCAAAAGGUAUGUACCAUAUUGGCCUGAAUAUAAGCCUCGCUUUCCCCCCAAAUUCUGACUGUGAAAAGUUAAAUUGUGGCUUAAAUUCACGACCUUACAAAAAUUGGCUUUUACGAUAUUGCUGCUGAAACAGACAUACAGUAAAACAGAAUGGGUGUGAGUGCAGAAUUUUAAGGGAACAGCUUAUAUUCACAUAUUUUUUUCUUUUUUCUUCUCCCUCACCCAUGAAUUUUAAAGGUGCAGCUUAUAUUCGGGUGUGGAUUAUAUUUGGGCCAAUACGGUAAUGACACUUGGUUGGGCUGUAUCUAGUAUGAAGCACAAGCUUCCCUUUCACCUGCUUAAUCUUUGCUCAUCCUUUCUGUGCCUCACCGGAGGGUUAAGGGGGUUCAUCUGAACAGAAUUCCUUUUAAAAGCUCUUCUGUAUUGCACAAUUAGACACCAGUGAAUUCUUAAGGACUCGAUUUCCUGCGUUGCUGUCACAGUGGUGUCAAAGUCAAACCCAUGCAAUAUGAAAAUGCUACUGUGAGCCGUGUUAGGAAUAAACCUGAUGCAUUUAUACUUUUCAGAAUACAUUUUUUUUUGUAGAGGUGUCAAGGGACUGGAGCAAGACAUCUAGAUAUCUCCUUAAUCUCUUUAAAAUGGCUAAGUAAAAAUUGAUUCUUCCCAACAGGCCAAUGAUAUUUCAGCCUCUCCUUGUUUUUAAUGGUGCUUUUUUCUUUCAAAAUAGAUUGCUUUCAAGUGUCUUAAAAUAAUUUGCUACGAGAGUGUUUUCUCUAGAGCAAGUAAUAACUGCCUACUGUCCAGUGUCUUAAUCAUGUGUUACGUGACUUUUAAUCUUGAUCUUGAAUGUAUUUAGCCUCUGCAGGGCAGGAUGGUGCAAUUACAAAUGUUUUUCUAUCAUAUUUUAAGUGACAUUUCUCUUCCUGGAAGCCUUUAUUCCUCUGCCAAGCUCUACUGUAUAGGACAUGAAUUCUAUUUAAAAACCUUGCUGCAGCUCAUGUUUUAUCAGUUUGAUGGCAGGGUGGAGAAUAUCUGAAUUGCUUCUCUCUUAAUUUUCCUCCAACCCCAGGUAUUUGGAAAAUUGUGAGAUAUUUUAUUAUGUGCCCUGCAUUUGAGAUCAGUUGUUACCACAGUUAAAUAAAAUUUUGUUUU